AUGUGCGAGACGCGAGACGCGACGCCGGAGAUUACGGAUGUGUUUUGGUACGAGAUAGGGAACGCGGUGAGUGAACCGAUGACGUCGGUGAGCGAGAGGACGCUAGAUGAAAUACUGCGGCCGUAUGGACGGGCGUUGUUCGUGAAUAACGCGCGAAAUGGUGGGUUGUAUAAGUUGGCGAAACACGCGGCGAGGCAACUGAGCGUGGCGAGCGGAAACGCGCGCUCGACGCCGGUGAGCGCGAUAAACGUCACCUUGUUGGUGUCGAUAUUCAUCAAGUAUUUCAUCGAAUUCGCGAGUGAGGGUGAUGGCGGAUUUGGUGGCGUCGCCGCGCUCGGGGGUGGGCGCAGCGAGCGAGUGCGCGCGCUCGCCGCUACGUUUGCGCGAGACGAGCGCUGGGAAACCGGCGGAGGACCGAACGCGUCUUUGGAGAACACUUCGCCGUUUGACGACUUACUGCGAGCGUGUGUAGAUGUUCUAUGCGGCAAACACGUCACAGCGCAGGCGAUGGCGUUGCAUGUUGCGUGCGCGCGGCUUUUGCUCGUCGCGACGUCGUCGCAACUCACGUUCAAUCUCGACGACGCCGAGGCGAGAGAAAUCGGGCAUCCACUCGCUCGCAGGAUCGCGGCGAUCGGUUCAAGCGACAGCAGGCGCACGGGCGUGCUGAUGUGCGCGCUGUUGCGUCGCGUCAUCGAGCGACCACCAAACAUCGGUGAUAUUUACGAAGGCGCGGUCAACAGAGAGAACGCCGAAGCUAAUGGAAUCACGCGCGGCAUGGCGAGCGUGCUAAGUUCGAUGCUUUCCAUGCGCAGUAAGCCGAACAAAGACGUCACCGAUAAUACGGGGUCUCACGUCGUCAUCAAGUGCGCGCACACUUCUCGAUCUCCUCUCGCGGACGAGUGCGCAAAUUUAUUCCUGGCGUUGUGUACGCACGGCGCUUUCGGCAACCGCGACGAGAAUCCGUUUCGCAUUGCGGUAAAAAAUAUGAAGGACAUCUCGUCGCGUUCGUCCGUGGCGUCGAACAAAAGACCCUCGGAGUUGGUGGACUUUGAGCGGCUCGCUGUUGCUCUGAGCGCAUCCUUGUGUACCGACGUCGGCUUGUUGCUUUCGUACGUGACGCUAUCCACAAACUCACGGUUCGUUUCACAUUUGAGCUCGAGUGCGGCGACGUCGAGGUUUGUACAAGGGCUACUCAAAGAGCUGUACGAAGCGGAAUCAAACAAACUUGCACACGUGUCGCAGUUGAUUGUCACGAUAUUUUUGAUCCUGUCUCAGGACGUGCGGUUCAACAGGAUGAUGCAGACGGAGACGAUCGCGUCGUCAAAUUGGUACAAGGAACGCAUCCUACAAAACAGUUCGCUCGCAAGUUUAAUAGUUGUCGUCCUUUCACGCACGAUAAAGUACAACGUCGCAAAAACUGCCACAGUUUCAAAAAUGUUGAACGCACUCGGCAGCAUCGCCAACAUGGCAUGCGUCACGCGCGACAUUUCUGGUUACGCGGCGCAACGCCUGGUGAAUACUCUGGCGUUGUUCACGCGCAGGUACUUCAAAAUCACUCGCGAAAAUGCUUUGUCUAGCGAUGGUUUACGCGAGCCCUUUUCCGACGCGGACGUGUGCGAGGACUUUAUUCGGGUCAUUUUCGAGAUACUAAACUGUCUCGCCACCGAUCUCGAUUCACUCGAACACAACCCGGAGAUUGUCUACGCGCUCAUGCACCGCGAAGAAUUGCUCACGACGUAUCGAACGCACGAGGUGUUCGCGGAGUACGUGCAAAACAUUGAGACCGUGCUGCAGCAUUACAAAGACGCCGUCGAAUCGGCACAGAAUCGUGAGACUGAUAGCCCGAUUUCCGUCAGACGUCUCAAGCGCGUGAUUUCGGAGACGUCGUUGACGCCGAGUCCGCAAAAGCGAAACCAAAACGCGUGCGAUCGCGAUUGUUCCGUGCAUGAUUUCCACCCCAUGCGUUUCGCGUACGUCGAAGACGAAGUGAACGCGCCGUACUUUUUAAUACCGUACGUGUGGGGCGUCGUGCACGCGCAAAGCGGCGUGUUUUGGAAUCGCUCCGCCAUCGCGCUUUUUGCCGCCGACGCAGACGCCGACGCGUCGUUGCAUUCGAGCAUGUCAGAGGACGGUCCAUCAUCGGCCGUCGUGUAG